AUGCCUUACGGUCGAUGCAAUCCUUUGCCUAAAUUGAGCAUGGGCAACGACAGAUAUCUCAAUCAACAACUGAGUCCUCAUUCCCGCCCGUUAGACAUGUUCUCGACCAAAGCUUCCGACCCUCUUCCUGGAAACUGGAACUAUGACAGUGCCAUCGACUUGUUUUCCUUAACGCCUGUCGAUAUGGAUCCGGUUUCGUUCGAUUUCGCCGAUAGCUUAACGAGCGCCGACACAAAAGACUUCUUCAUGGAUCCAUUUGGUACACCAUCGGCAAUCAACGGAUUCGUCAUGCCUACUGCUGAAGACGCUGUUUCUCCCUCAUCGGACUUUGAUAGCGACGAUCAAUCAUGGACCGGAAUACGCCAAUCGGUCGACCUGAGCAUGCCCGAGGCCUCUAUCACCGAAAAGCCAUCCAAAGUGACCACUCGCAGCUCAACCCAAAAUUCCUCUCCAACAAGGUGGUCCUCAAGUCCAGAAAUCAAGCCGCAAGAAUACAAAGUUCCCCGAGCCGAGAAAGCCUCCGUAUCCGCAUCCGCAUCCACAUCCACAUCCACCCGCAAGACCCGCAGUCUGUCUCAGGAAUCCAACCGUUCCUCCACAGGCCAAGACCCACAUGUGCGUAACGCGGCCAAACGAGCCGCCCACAACAUCAUCGAAAAGCGUUACCGCACAAACAUGAACGCCAAGUUCCUCGCACUUGAGAAAGCCAUCUCACCAGCUGGUGUUCCUAAACAGACUUCUCGGGCUGGUGCGGGAUCAUUGAAAAAGUCUGAAAUCCUUUCAAAUGCUCUAGCCUACAUUGAGAGCGUCCAGCAAGAAAACCAGUCCAUGCAUAAGGAAUUGGCUAUGCUGAAACAAAAUAUGAUUCCCGGUGCAAUGUGGCGCCACAAGCAGUCACGCGUCUAG